GGCUAUGGUGGAAUGCUAUCACUGGAAUUUGAAGGAACUGACUAUCUUUUUAUGGUCGGAGGGAUAGGUACUACACCAGCUGUCAAACAUCUUCAGUUUCAAUAUGAUCAGUUUAGGGAUGGACGUGCUCUCACUAAUGAACAGUUACUUUAUAAUCUAUCUAAUGGACAAUUCACAGUUCCAUCUGUCAGUGGACAGUGUUGUCCACCAACUAGUGGUUUUACAAUCAACAAAAUAAAUCAAAAUAAAGGAAUAAUGUUUGGAGGAACAGUAACUAAUGAUGGUCUAUAUACAGUUACUAAUAAUAUGUACAUAUUUAAUGUGACACAUAAUACAAUACAUUGGGAGAGUAUUAAAAAAGGAUCAAUAUCUGGUGAGGGACUCUGGACUAAGGAGAGAGAUGGUCAUGCUAGUGCUAUUAUCAAUGGUGACUCUACCUCACCUACACUAGUAGUGAUUGGGGGACAGUAUAAGUACAAUCAACUAGUGAAUGAAUGUUUAUUAUUUGAUAAUAUCACUGCUGGUCAGUUCAGUUGUAAGAAGGUAUGUGUACAUGUGUAUGUUGUUUAUGUAUAAUUUAAUAUUGAGAGUUGAAGGAGCCUCACCAUUAUAGACCACCUGUGUGUUAGACACUUCUUUGAAGUCGGCAAAACAUUGGGGUACACGUGGCCAGGCACACCCACUGGUUGGCAAAAAGCAAAAUGACUGCAUUGACUGGCUGGAGGAGUGAGUAUUUGUGUCAUUGUCUUAGGAUGCCAGAAAGUGCUACAUGUACAUGUAUACCUUGCAAAGCUUGAAUGUGUUGGUUUCAUGAUCAAUGAUGACCCUUAUUUGCUGAAAACAACAACCAUUUCACAUCAGAGAUGAGGAGCUGGCCAAAUCUCGAGUUUGGCCAUAUUUCCA